CAGAUCUGGAGGCAGAGACACAUGAAAAACGAGUGUGACGCACCCUGAAAAUGAAGUCACUCUUAGAAGAAAGAAAGAAAACGACCAGACGUUUAACCAUAAUAGACGGAAAAGUUCAUCUGUGAAUCUGAAGGUCCUCCUCAUCUUCACCCUCUUCCUGAUCUCAGGACUGACCUUGGAAAACGGUGGACUGGAGUUUAUAUGAACAUCACUGAGACUGAAGUUUAGACCAGAAUGAAGAUUCUCCUCAUCUUCACCCUCCACCUGAUCUCAGGUGGAGCAGCUGGUACUGAUGUCAUCGGCUUCCUGGGAGGAAGAGUUACAAUCAACUUCAAACACAAUGUCUAUGACCCUGAAGUGAGACAGGUGUUUUUUUGCAAAGCUGCUGAGUGUGAAAUAAUAAUAUAUGAUCAGCGUAACAGAUGGAUUCUGAAAGACAGAUUUCAUCUCUAUGGUGACUUUCACCAAGCACUUACAGUGACCUUCAAACAGCUGAGCUCAGAAGAUGCUGGAACAUAUCAGUAUGGAGAGAAUAACCAGUUGAAGCAUCAGUUUAACCUCCAACUGAUCAGUGAUCUGUGUUGUUUGGGACCAAACACCAUGACUGGUUAUGUGGGAGAGACCAUCACCAUCAGCUUUUCAUAUCCAGAGCAGUUUGAGAGUCACACCAAGUACUUCUACAAACUUGAUGAUCUUCGUUUUAAUAUCAUGAUCGGCACCACAGAGACUCAGAAAGGCAGAUUCUACAUGUCUGAUAACAGAGAGUCUAAAGUUUUCAGUGUGAGGAUCAGUAACGUGACAGAAGAUGAUGGAGGAGUUUAUUACUGUGGAGUGUGGAAUGAAGGAGAGUCAGUCAGUUAUCAGUCCCUCUACACAGAGAUUCAGCUGCAGGUCACAGAAAAAUCCUCCCAAGAGAAUCCAGAAAGCCCAACAGAUAGUGAACAGACCGAUUCCACUAACACCAUCAUUGUGUGUGUCUGUGUGGCUCUGCUGCUGCUGCUAAUUGGAGGAUUAGCACUGAUGUUUUGCAGACGCAUGAAGGCAAAAGGCUCCACCUCUUCAUCAAACAAUAAAGAGAAAGGAAGCGAUUCAGAAAUGUCUCCUGCAGUGUGUGACUAUGAAGACAUUACGGAUAUCAGACCACAACCAGACUCUGAAUCUACUCCAGUUUAUGCCACUAUCCAACCACCUAAAGCUCCUUCUGGUCCGCUGAACUCUGUAUACGCCACUGUACAACAUCCCACAACCCCCUCUGGUCCCCCAAACUCUGUGUAUGCUACAGCACAGUUCCCCACAAACCCUUCUGAUUCUCCCAACACUGUUUAUGCAACUGUCCAAUCACCCACAAUGCCCUCUGAUCCACCAAGCACAGUAUAUGCCACAGCACAGUCCCCCAAAAUCCCCACAAACCCCUAUGAUCCUCCCAACACUGUGUAUGCAACUGCCCAACUACCCACAAUGCCCUCCAAUCAGUCCCCCAAAAUCCCCUCUGAUACAAUUUCUCAAAAUCCUUCUGAUAGUCCUACUGGCUCUAACUCAUCAUGUCAAUGGGAUGAAAAGCUAAAAGGUGCAAUAUAUGAAUUUAUAGCUUGAAGAUGUCAUCCAGCCUAUAGUGAAGAUGGAGUGAUCUCCAAUUGAUUGUUUAUGCUAAUAGGACCGACACCACCAAGUGCAUUAUAAAUAACUUUAAUAAUGUUUUUGCUUGAUCCAUUGAACUUUAGCCAUGUUACCUUGAACUGUAGCACAUACCUACCUCCUAAGAACAUUUCAGAGCUUCUAGGUCUCUCUCUACAGAUAAGUACUUUAUUUAAAGCUGAUAGUCAAAUUUGUAAGACAUUAUAGAUUUUUUUUUGUCUGUGAGGUUCAGACUUUGUCUGAACUUUCACUGCUUUUUAAUGUAACGCUGGUAAAAAGGCCAUCAUAUUCAUAUGGAAUUGCAUAUUUUUAUGUAAAUACUGCAAAAUGUAACAGACCUAAAGUGGUAAUUGCUUACAAAGUUUCAUUUUUACUGUUAAAAUUUGCUUUGUGACCAAUAAAGAAAUACAAAAGGCA